ACACCACCAACUCACAAGCACCUUUCACCAUGGACAUGAGAAUGACCUCUUCGCGCAGAAGGGCUCUGGAGAAUCGGACUAACCGUCCUCCAUCGUCCGCAAUGCGCUUGCAAUCUUGGACUAAAAGCAGUCCUGGUUCUUCCCUCUCAUUCAACAGAGCCACAAAUGUCUCCGUUACCAGGUCGUACAACCCCGCGCUGCUCGCGUCUCCUGAGGGUUUCGAACUGAGCGCGGCGCUGAAUGGAGACCCGGUGCGCAAUAACGAAAAGGAGCAACUCCAUGGGCUAAACGACCGCUUCGCGAGUUACAUCGACAAAGUGCGAUUCUUAGAGGGGCAAAACAAGCAGUUGGAAGACGAAAUCCAGGCGCUGAAGCAACAGAAGGAGUCCCAGUCCCUGCAGAGUGAUGCGUACGACCGAGAGCUCCAAGAUCUGCGCAGCGCCCUGGAGCAACUGCACAAUGAGAGAGCGCAAAUCAUGCUGGACACCGACCACAUUGACGAGGAUCUCCAGCGACUCCGAGAGCGAUGCGAAGAUGAAGCCCGACACAGGGAGCACAUGGAAAGCGCCGUUCGAAGCAUGAAGAAAGACAAAGACGACUCGGUUCUGAUGAAAUUGGAGUUGGAGAGGAAAGUCCAGGCUCUUGUGGACGAGAUGAACUUCUUGCGCCAGAACCACGAGGAGGAGAUAAGCGAGCUUCUGGCUCAGCUUCAAGCCGCGCAGGUGCCGGUGGUGGAGAUGAAGGAUCUCCAGAAGACCGAUAUCACCUCUGCUCUCCGGGAGAUCCGCGCGCAGCUGGACGGGUUUUCCUCCAAGAACCUCCAGCAGGCGGAGGAGGUGUUCAAGUGCCGCUACGCCAAGCUGUCGGACGCUGCGGAACAGAACAAGGAUGCUAUAAAGUCUAUACGGGAUGAGCUCGCAGAUUACCGCCGUCAGAUUCAAGCCAAGAACAUUGAACUUGAAGCACUUCGUGGCAACAAAGAUUCUCUGGAGAGGCAACUGGAUGAUAUCGAGGACCGCCACAACAGCGACGUUGCAAGUUAUCAGGAGAUGAUCCUCCAACUGGAAAAUGACUUGAAGGGAACAAAGUGGGAAAUGACUCGUCAUCUCCGGGAAUAUCAAGAUCUGCUCAACGUCAAGAUGGCACUGGAUGCUGAAAUAGCAGCUUACAGGAAAUUGCUGGAAGGAGAGGAGACGCGCUUCCGCAGCACUUCAGGAAGUAUUUCUAGCACUUCCUUCGCGUACAGCCAGCCCAAAACCUCUAAAGUCAAGCAUAAAAUUGUGGAGGAGAUCAUUGAGGAGACCAAAGGAGAGAGUGACAUCGAUGAUGACCUUGCAGAAGUCGCAAGAGAGGUGGCAAAAGAUGCUGGUGAGGAAAAGGAGGAAGAGGGGAAGGAAGAGGAGGAGAUUGUUGCCACCAGUCAAGCCAAAGUGAGUUCUAGCGCUCCUGAGGGUGAAGAGGAAGAGAAAGGACAGGAUGAAGAAGAAAUAGCAGAAGAGGGAGAAGCUGAUGAGGAGGUAGAGGGUGCAGCAGAUGAGGAGGAAGAGGAAGGAGGGGAAGAGGAAGCAGAGGAGGGGGAAGAGGAAGCAGAGGAGGGGGAAGAGGAAGAGGGACAGGAAGUUGAAGUGAUUGCAGAGACCGAGCUGUGUGGCGAGAAACCUCCAACAUCAGAUAAAGACGAGAAAGAGAGCAGUGACAAAGAUGAGGAAGGAAAAGAAGAUGAAGAGGGGGAUAAAGAAGGAGAGGCAGAGGGUAAAGAACAAGCCAAAGAUCAUGAGGAAAAGGAAGAAGCCGAUGAAAAAGACAAUGAAGAAGAGGAAAAAAAAUCUGAAGGAGACAAAGAGAAGAAAGACGACUCUGGAGAAGAAACAAAAGCUGAAUCAGAAAAAAGUGACAAAGAAGUGAUUGGAGAGAAGCAGGAACCAACAAGCCCAGCAGAUGAGAAACAUGAAAAGGGAAAAGAAGUGGUUGUUACCAAUGGUGACCAGACAAGCUCUGCCAAAGACAAAGCCAGCCCAAAAGAAGAGGUUAAAAUCAGUACAGUGGAGACCGUUACCAAUGGAGACAAGGAAACAACCAAACCAGACAUAGAGAAAGAGAAAAAAGAAGAAGAAAAGCCACAGGAGAAAGAGAAAGUUACCAAAAAGGUGGAGAAAGUGACCCCACAAGCAUAGAAGGACAUCAAAGGGAAAGACUGAUCCUUAAAUUACCUCAACACAAGGAAACUAGUUCUAUCCAAUUGUUAGAAAUUACUCUAUUUGAUGCAAAAUGCGAAAACCAACUUGAACGCCGUUUGAUGCAGCUACUAAAAUAAAUGCAUGCGUGUUAUACGAUUGACUUGCAUGUCUGGGAGGACAUGCUGAGCCAUGCUGAGCUGUUCUGUCAGAAAUCAUAGUGCGUUUGAUUUAAAAUGCAAGUACAUUAUGCUGCUAAUGACUUGAAUGAUAUGUAGUCUGUUAAUGAAAGAUUUUACAGUGAUUUGAAAUUCCUGAGCAGUUAUCCAGCAAUAAUGGUGCUACUACAACAUCGACAUUUGCAAGCGCACUUGAAGCAGAAUGAUAUCUUUCUAGUAUACUUCUUGCCUUAAGACUUAAUGCACUAAAUCAAUGAUAAGAGUCGGUUUGUUAAUGUUCGGUUUGAUAAUAUAAAACACAAGAACUGUUAACAAUGAUACUUUGAAUGCUAAAGGUGCUUCAAUUUGCAAUAUCAAUAUCACCUCAAUCAAUAAAAACUUUCCUAAA